UUUUAUCGCGCAGCCGCAGUGGAGUCCAAGACGGGCAAGGCUGGCUGCGGCUCAAGUGCCUCGUAGCACGGAAGCGUGUGUGCGCCGGUCUUUCUGUACUUUCAGCUGGGGGGUUCUGCGCAGCCGCCCGGAGCUCCCCGAUGCCAUACCCCUCCCACCACCCUUACUUCCGUCUGACUUCCAAGUGCUGUGGCGUCUUAGGGGUACCUAAUCUCUUUUCCCUAUUGUCUGUGCUUGCAGCAGUAAUGACAAAAAAAAGUCAGAAGAGAAUGUGUUGCAACACGGAAGCCUACUAGCAAUUGUUUUUCUGGCUAGGAAGCAAAACGGCUCCCCAGAACGAAAAAAUACUGUAAUCCGGACCCUCCUUUUUUCUCAACGCCUCAACUUCUACCCAGCAACAGAGGCCCUUGACCUCGCCCUUUUUCUCUUAUUGGACAACUUGAAUCGUCAUUUGCCGUUCCGAUUGGUCAUCCGUGAUCGUCCGGAUUUUUCCAAUUGGCGAAGUUGCCAGGGGUUUUUUUUUUUUUUUUUCCUUCCAGGUUGGUCCGCUGAGGAGGCGGGGUCGUAUCUGCGGGAUUAUUUUUCCGGAGCCUCUUCUGAUUGGGUGGUGUGGCGUAAUGCGCGCGACCCUUCAAGAUACUAAACUGUACGCAUAUUUGACCCUUUCCUCUCCUUGCUCCUGCUGGUAAAUCGAAGCCCAGGAGACUUCCAGGCUUGGGCAUCUGCAGAGGGCGAGGAACUGGUCGCGGCGCCGGGUGGGCUUGCAGCUGUGACGCUUAUGUGGACACCUCAGUCUCGCUAGUGGUUCACCUCGGCUUCCCAGUUUAUUUACUGACGUCAACAAAUAAAUGUUGAAUAAGGAAGAAGAGUUAGAAUUGCUUCAAGCCCCUGGAGUUUUAGCACUAGUCCCGCCCACUCCGUUCUACUUCCAGGUCGGGGAGGGGGCGGGUCCAAUAGAAAGGCGGAAGCCAGUGUCCCCGGCGUUCUCACGCCCGCAACAAUUCCUGAGUAGGGCCUUGCUUGAGUUCUUCGGAAAGUCUCCUCACUUCCACAUCGCCUCUUUAGGAAGUCACUUAAUGUUUGGCUUCGUUAUUCCCACAUCCCCUUCCUAACUACUUGCCUGCACUUCUUGAGAAAAAGACUGCAGAAAGGAGAGGUGGGGCUGUGAGUAGAAACAAGCAAACCGCAGGUCCCUGUUGGGGGAUCCUCCAGGAAGAAGGUUCCGCAAGAACCGUGGGCGACAGUUAUGGAGAAGCGUCUGCAGGAGGCUCAGCUGUACAAGGAGGAAGGGAACCAGCGCUACCGGGAAGGGAAGUACCGAGAUGCUGUGAGUAGGUACCAUCGAGCUCUGCUUCAGCUGCGGGGUCUAGAUCCGAGUCUGCCCUCUCCGUUACCUAAUCUCGGACCUCAGGGCCCGGCCCUCACGCCUGAACAAGAAAACAUACUGCAUACCACCCAGACAGACUGCUAUAACAAUCUAGCUGCCUGUCUCCUUCAGAUGGAGCCCGUGAACUACGAACGAGUGAGAGAAUAUAGUCAGAAAGUCCUGGAACGACAGCCUGAUAAUGCCAAGGCCUUGUAUCGGGCCGGAGUGGCCUUUUUCCAUCUGCAGGACUAUGACCAGGCCCGCCACUACCUCCUGGCUGCCGUGAAUAGGCAGCCUAAAGAUGCCAACGUCCGGCGGUACCUCCAGCUGACACAGUCAGAACUCAGCAGCUACCAUAGAAAAGAGAAGCAGCUCUACCUGGGCAUGUUUGGUUAACAAAGAAGAAAGAUGCUCCUCCAGUUGAACUUAGGUGGACCAUUAAACAUGCAUGAAGGAGAAACCUGAGCCUCAGCAAGAGAAAUUAACCCUAUACCUCUGACCCAGAUGGAUUUUUGUUCCUAGUUCUGCACAAACUUCACUACUUAGACAGUCUGAGUCUUUUUCUGUCUAUCCAUCUGUUUAUUUCUAUACCUUUCAAUACAUGUUAUUGUUGCAGAUAUUUGGCUUGAGAAAUAUAAUCAGAAAACAUACAUCACCUGUGGGUGGAAUUAA